CGUUGAGAUAGGAUAAGUGGUCAGGAUAAAGCAACAAAGAACUUCAAGAGCUGGCCAGCAAGGGUAUUCUGAAUGCAGGAAUGCGAGGGCCAUCAUUCCUUCCAGGACUCUUCUUUCUGCUGAGUUUAUCAGAAGUCAUCAUUCAUAAGACCAAAGCUUCCUGUACCUGCCCCCAACAUGCUUACUGUGUCAAUGGCACUCAGUGUACCUGCGACCAUGGAUACGUUUCUAGGUCUGGGAAUGAAUUCUUCACAUUCCCCUUGAACACAUGUGAAGAUAUUGAUGAAUGUAAGCCACCCAUUAAUAUAUAUUGUGGAACAAAUGCUGUAUGUCAGAAUGUCGACGGAGGUUUCCACUGUCUCUGUAAUCCUGGAUACAAACUCCUCUCUGGGGACACACAAUUCCAGAAUUCCAAUGAAAACACUUGCCAAAAAACCACUUCCUCAACAACAACCGAAGGCAUGAAGAAUGUGAGCAGAAGCCCAGCCCCUGAACCCAGCCAGCUGCAACGUGUUGUUGAGACAUUCAAGUCAUUUCUCACUAAUUACACCACUCUACCGGGAAUGGGAGAGAAGGGAGAAGUCGCAUCUUGGGCCACGACUGUUCUCCAAGAUAUGGAAUCUGAGGCUCUACAAAUUGCCUUGAAAUUCCCGGAGCAAAAAAUCCAGAAAAUCCACAACAGUAUUAUGGCUAUCGAAACUCGAGUUGUUACAGACAAUUGCUCUGAAGAACAGAUCUUCAGCUUGAACACCCACAUGAACUCAGUGGAUAUCCACUGUGAUGACAUCGUACAGGAAAACAUGCAAGGUCCCAGUGCAAUUGCCUUUAUUUCUUAUUCUUCUCUUGGAAACAUCACAAACGAAACCUUUUUUGAAGAGGCAAAUGAGAAAGAGCAGGUUUACCUGAACUCUCAGGUAGUGAGUGCUGCUAUUAGAUCCCCAAGGAAUACAUCGCUCUCCAAGUCUGUGAUUCUGAGUUUUCAGCAGAUGAAGAUGAAGACCAGUAGCAGAAAGGCCAUCUGUGUGUACUGGAAAAGCACAGGGGAGCACAGCCAGUGGUCCAGAGAUGGCUGUUUCCUGAUACAAGCGAAUGAAAGUCACACCAUAUGCAACUGCACCCACCUGUCCAGUUUUGCUGUCCUCAUGGCCUUAACCAAACAGGAGAAGGAUCCUGUGCUGGAUGUGAUCACCUAUGUGGGGCUGGGCACCUCUCUGCUGUGUCUCCUCCUGGCAGCCCUCACCUUCCUGCUGUGCAAAGCAAUCCAGAACACCAGCACCUCCCUCCACCUGCAGCUCUCAAUCUGCCUCUUCCUGGCCCACCUGCUCUUCCUCACGGCCAUUGACAAGACCAAGAUCAAGGUGCUGUGUGCCAUCAUCGCAGGUGCCUUACACUAUCUCUACCUGGCCUCCUUCACCUGGAUGCUGCUGGAGGGUCUGCACCUCUUCCUCACUGCACGCAACCUGACAGUAGUCAACUACUCCAGUGUGAACAAGUUCAUGAAGAAGCUCAUGUUCCCUGUGGCCUAUGGAGUCCCGGCUAUAAUUGUGGCCAUUUCUGCUGCAUCCGGGCCUCACCUUUAUGGAACAUCUGAUCAAUGCUGGCUCAACCUGGACAAGAGAUUCAUCUGGAGUUUCCUGGGCCCUGUCUGUGCCAUUAUCUGUGUGAAUUUAGUUAUUUUUCUCCUGAUCCUUUGGAUUUUAAAAAAGAAACUUUCCUCUCUCAAUAGUGAAGUGUCAACCAUCCAGAAUAUAAGGAUGCUGACAUUCAAGGCAACAGCUCAGCUCUUCAUCUUGGGCUGCACGUGGUGCCUAGGCAUCCUGCAGGUGGGUCCAGCUGCCCAUGUCAUGGCUUACGUCUUCACCAUCAUCAACAGCCUGCAGGGCGUCUUCAUUUUCCUGGUCUACUGCCUCCUCAGCCAGCAGGUCCGAAAGUGGUUUGGAGAGAUCAUAACACCUAAAUCUGAGUCUGGGACUUACACACUUUCCACCAGAUUUGGCACUGACUCAAAGCCUAGUCAAGAAUUUUGAGAAGUCUUCUCAUAUAAGCUGAAGAACGCCACACCUUACCUAGGAUUCCAAAUGCUAGGAGAUCAUGUCAUACUUGCCCGCUGAAUGGAGCUCCUGUCACCAGGGACUUACUAACAAGCUCUGAACUAACCACAAUAACCCAGUUUUCGACCUGUUUGAUCAGACACCAUUGUUAACUCUCCAGAUGACCUCAAGAUUGUUACCCUCUAACUGCAAUAAUAAAAAACACACCUACCAGCAACAUGACAGAUCCCACUGUGCCCAUUUUAAGAAGGAAAAGAGGUGACAUUCUGAUUCCUAGAAGCCUUCUCUUCUUCUCUUGAAACACCUUGACCCCAGGUCAGCUUGCUUACCAGUCCCGUAACUACCUUAACCCCAUAAAACCCUGACAAUGAGACCUAAUCGGAGAGAAGGUGCCUUUCAAACAUAAGCUCCCCUUCUCUGUUUUCUGGCCGUUGAAUAAAUUAC